AUGGACCGCAUAGGAAAACGCCCUCUAGAAGGCAUUCGUGUUAUUGAGGUGCGGUUCGCAGGCCUCGCCCCUGGUCCAUUUUGCGGUCUUGUACUUGCUGAUCUAGGUGCAAGCGUGAUUCGAGUUGACAAUCCCACAUCGGUAAACAAUCCGACCAACGAUGUGUUAUGCCGUGGCAAGCGAUCCAUCGCCAUUUCGCCCAAAGUUCCUGCUGGACUGGCUACCCUACUACGAUUGAUAUCCAAUGCGCAUGUUCUCAUUGAUCCGUUUAGACCAGGAGUUAUGGAAAACCUUGGACUUGGACCCGAAGUAUUCCUUGGUUCGCAAGCGAUCAAUCCGCGAUUGGUUUAUGCUCGUCUCGUCGGUUUUGACCGUCAUGGGGAAUUGAAAAACAUGGCAGGCCAUGAUUUGAAUUAUCUGGCCCACGCAGGUGUGCUUGGGAUGAUGCCUCCAACAACUCCAGAGGGUCGACCAGCAUUCCCACUUAAUAUUCUUGCGGAUAUGGCUGGAGGUGGUCUCAUUUGCGCUACUGGAAUUAUUGCAGCCCUCUUGUCCUUAGCCAAAGACCCACUUGCACCCGGGAAAGUGGUCGAAACAGAUAUGGUUGCGGGGUCACGAUACAUCGCAAGCUUCAAUUUAAUUCAUUCAUUAAUUCAGAAGGACCCCUUAUUCGCCCAACCGCCGGGAAGGAGUUUGCUCGAUGGUGGCGCCCCAUUUUACAAUUCAUACCAGUGUUCCGAUGGAGGAUGGAUGAGCGUAGCGUGUAUAGAACCUAAAUUCUUUGCGACCUUCUGCACACUUAUUCAGCACCAUCUCCCAUCGAAUUUCAACCCGCCGAUGGACGCAACCCGCCCCGAACCAUCCACUCAGGGAGAUCGUGACAAGUGGAGAUCGCAUGAGCGUUGGAUUACGGAAGCGUUCAAGACAAGAACAAGGAAAGAGUGGGAAGAUAUUUUCAAAGGUACCGAUGCUUGUGUGGUCCCAGUGUUAACACCAUCGGAGGCUGCGCGGAUUCAUGGUUCUAGCCCUCGCUUUCACCCGAAUUUCGUGGGCUACUUUGGAGAAGAUCGUCCUAUGAACUUGUUUACGCAAACGAACUCUCAUGGCCAGAGUCUGAGACCCGGAGCGCAUACAUUCAACAUACUACGUGAUAUCGGAUUGAAUUCAGACCAGAUGGGCGAGCUGAAACGUCAAGGUGCUCUGGGAGAUCAGGCGGAUGACAGGGCGAAGCUGUAG